CUAAAUAAUUUCGGGGGAAAAAAGAAAAACGCCUUAUCCUCUCACUUCCACUGAGAGCGAACUAGCUUGAGCUCUACUGACCAUGGCUGCAACUCUCAACUCUCCGCCCUCGUUCGUCAUCUCCUCCUCAGUUCGAUGCUCUUCAACGCCCCCGAAUCAGAAGAGCUCGAAUUCAGUCAAGAUUCGAGAUGAUUGGAGGAGCCGAUCGAAACCUAUUCGCCCCGGCGGCGUCUAUCCUGCUAAGGAUCAGUGCAGUCGCUGUGGAUUAUGUGAUACUUACUACAUUGCUCAUGUCAAGAAUGCUUGUGCUUUCUUGGGAGAUGGCAUGUCCAGAAUCGAGGAAUUGGAGCCGAGAGUACAUGGAAGGGGAAGGGAAGCAAAUUCUGAUGAGAUGUACUUCGGUGUGCAUCAAGAGUUGCUGUAUGGUAGAAAGACUAAGCCUGUAGAAGGAGCUCAGUGGACAGGGAUUGUAACAACUAUUGCAGUAGAAAUGCUGAAAGCAAAUUUGGUUGAAGCUGUUAUUUGCGUUCAGAGUGAUCCUGAUGAUAGACUUACUCCCAGACCUGUUUUAGCCAGGACACCAGAUGAAGUUUAUGCAGCAAAAGGUGUUAAGCCAACAUUAUCUCCUAACCUUGAUACUCUUGCGCUAGUUGAGGUGACUUAGUUUUCCUUCUCGUCACUGCAUUUGUCUACUUUACUUUUCAUCUAUGUGAUUCCUCUUGUAAAGAUGCAAUUUUAAUGCAGCACACUCUAUGCUUCUGAACACAGUGUAAAGAUUUUCUAUUUGAUGACACUUGGGCAUUUAUGAGUUACACUAUCAAUAUAUUUUGAUCUUUAUUUUCUGAA